AUGUUAUAUGAUUUUUUUUCUUCUGGUUUUGAGGUUUGGACCUGGUCUUCUAAUCCGUUGCUUCUUAAUUUGUCUAUUAUUAAAAUGUUGCAGAAAAUAGUUGCUUGGCGGCCUGAGGAUGAGUUUGAACUCAAGAGUAUCUUUAAGAGCAAAGGCUCAAAGCGCCUCUCAGAGAUUCUGAUGGAUGCAAGGAAGAAACAAGAACGUCCAUCUUGGAUGGGAGAGGGUGCUUGGAAAGGGCUCAAAAUUAAAUGGGAAACACCAGAGUAUAAGGUCAAAGCUGCCAGGAAUAAGAAAAAUCGGGCAUCUGCUAAGGGUGGAUCUGUCCAUACGGGUGGCUCCAUAUCCACAAAUGAGCACAUCAUACGAAUGCGUCGGGAAUUAGGUAGAGAGCCCACAUUAGAUGAAGUCUUCUUAAGGACUCAUACAAAAAAGAAGGACUCCUCAUGGGUGGACGAAAGAUCAAAGAAGACAUAUGAAACAUUUCAAGAGAAGCUAAAACACGCCUCUCAAGUAGGAGAGACAUCAAAUAGUGGCCCUAAGGAAGUUGAUUCUGCAACUCGACUAAAUUUUUGGGCUGAAGCUGCCGGUGGAAAGACUAGAGGGCGUCUCUAUGGUGCUGGUGACUUGUCUAAGCAUUACAAGCCAGGUGUUUCCUCGUUAAUAACCCAACAGUCACGUGUAUCUACAUGUAGCGGUCAAGUUUCUGCUGAGAUUGCUGCACAAAUGGCAACAAUUGAAGAGAGAGCAAAUGCUGCAGAGGAAGAUGCUCGAGUUGCACGAGAGGAAUGUCGCAAGGCAAAUAAACGCACACAAGAUUUGGAAAGACAAUUGAGGGAAUUAGCUGAAAGUGUUGCUUCUAUCAAAGGUGACAAACGUCGUCGUCGUCAUUCAGACUAUGAUGAUGACUCCGACAGUGAUGAUGACUCUAUUGGAAGCAUUUAA